AUGAACAACUCGCAGCUGAAUACGGAUGCAGUUCCUUUCAUCAUUGGAGUGUCUAGCAUCGUUCUUAUGCUGGCCUUCAGUGCUGUUGGCUCAAUUGUUGGAUCUGUCAAAGCAGCUUCAUCAGCUGCUGUGGUUGCAAAUCGAGGAAUAGACCUGGUGACUAAAUCGUACUUGCCAGUGCUGUUUGCAUCUGCAGGAUUUAUGUACUCUCUUAUUGUGACAUUUUUCUCAAUACGCGAGCUGACCACCGACAUUACUUUGAAGACAGCCAUGCGAAUUUUUGCCUCCUGCACUAUUUAUGGGGUUGGCGCACUCUUUUCGGGCAUAGCGAUUGGAGAGGCAAACAAGCACGGCAUUGUGCGGCUGAGUGAAAACAGAAAGGUGUUUCUUUCCAUGCUUAUUGUCAACUCAACAAUUGAGAUGGUUGCAGUGUUUGCUCUAAUCUGCUCAGUUAUGCUUCUCCUAGGCGGUGCUACAAAAUAA